AUGCAGGGUCUUAACAAGCUUCUUUUCUUUCAUGUUCUGACAUGUCUUGGACAGAAUGCACUUGGAGGUAAAAUCAUAGAUGGGGACAGAGCCCCGGAGAACUUGAUGCUGUAUAUGGCCUCUCUGCAGAACAUCCGUGGUCAUGUCUGUGGGGGAUUCCUUAUAAGUGAAGACUUUGUAGUCUCUGCUGCACACUGUGACUGCUUGAAUCCUUCAAGUGUUGUUCUUGGCACCCACAAUCUCAAGUCUGCAAGAACAGAGAGAUCUAUUGAAAAGAAGUGUAUUCCCCCAUCUUAUGAGAAUGUUGGUGGAGGGAAUGACAUCAUGCUCCUCAAGCUGUCUAGUGCAGUUCAACUGAACGAGAGAGUACAGCUUAUCCAACUUCCCAAGACUGAAAUUAGCAUGAAAGAUGGAGAAAAGUGCAGUGUGGCUGGAUGGGGUAAGACUGAAACUGGUGGUGCAGUUGUUGAUGACCUGAGAGUGGUGGAAGUGUCUGUCAUCAACCCGCAAGUCUGUAAGAUGAAAUGGCAGAAUCUUCCUGCCAAUGUUCUCUGUGCAGGUGGAUAUGACACAAAGAAAGGAUUCUGUCAGGGUGAUUCUGGUGGUCCUCUGCUGUGCAACGGGAUGGCAGUUGGUAUCGUGUCUUUCAACAGAAAUUACACCUGCAACUAUCCAGACGUACCCAACGUCUACACAGACAUAUCAAAAUACCUGCCCUGGAUUAACAAGAUUCUCAAGGAAAAGAACUGCUUUUUAUGGCCUCAGUGCAGAACAACAUGGGUCAUGUAUGUGGAGGAUUCCUCAUCAGUGAAGACUUUGUGGUCACUGCUGCGCACUGUGACCGCCACUCUUGGGGGUAAAAUCAUACAUGGGGAAAAAGUCCCCGAGAACUCUAUGCUGUAUAUGGUCUCUCUGCAGAACAUCCGUGGUCAUGUCUGUGGGGGAUUCCUCAUCAGAGAAGACUUUGUAGUCUCUGCUGCACACUGUGACCAUGUGAAUCCCACACAUGUUGUUCUUGGCUCCCACAAUCUCAAGGCUGAAAAUACAGUGAGAUCUAUUGAAAAGAAGUAUAAACCCACAUCUUAUGAGAAUGUUGGAACAGGGAAUGACAUCAUGCUCCUCAAACUGUCUAGUGCAGUUCAACUGAACGAGAGAGUACAGCUUACCCAACUUCCCAAGACUGAAAUUAGCAUGAAAGAUGGAGAAAAGUGCAGUGUGUCUGGAUGGGGUAUGACUGAAACUGGUGGUGCAGUUGUUGAUGACCUGAGAGUGGUGGAUGUGUCUGUCAUCAAUCUAGAAGACUGUAAGGAGAAAUGGAUGAAAUUGGGGCAUCUUCCUGCCAAUGUUCUCUGUGCAGGUGGAUAUGACACAAAGAAAGGAUUCUGUCAGGGUGAUUCUGGUGGUCCUCUGGUGUGCAACGGGACAGCAGUUGGUAUCGUGUCCUUCAACAAAGAUUCCAACUGCAACUAUCCAGACGUACCCAACGUCUACACAGACAUAUCAAAAUACCUGCCCUGGAUCAACAAGAUUCUCAAGGAAAAUAAUUGUUCAAAGUAACAAUCUCACACAGAGAUUUGCUUCAGCAUACUUUGAUUGGGAAGGGCUGUUGUAACUGUGUCGCUUUGUCUCUUUAACGCAAAGACAAAAUAAAAACAACAAAAUCUUUUCACA